AAUAAUAAUAAUAAUAAUAAUAAUAAUAAUAAUAAUAAUAAUAAUAAUAAUAAUAAUAAUAAUAAUAAUAAUAAUAAUAAUAAUAAUAAUAAUAAUAAUAAUAAUAAUAAUAAUAAUAAUAAUAAUAAUAAUAAUAAUAAUAAUAACAAUAAUAACAAUAAUAAUAAUAAUAAUAAUAAUAAUAAUAAUAAUAAUAAUAAUAAUAAUAAUAAUAAUAAUAAUAAUAAUAAUAAUAAUAAUAAUAAUAAUAAUAAUAAU